AUGGAAGAAGCUCCUCCUUGUGACUCAAUUGGCGGCUUGUGCACGGACACAGUUGGCAGUUUCACGUGUGCUUGUGAUGCUGGUUUUUCCGGAGACGGAUUAAAUUGCACGAACAUUGAUGAGUGUCUUUUGAGUCCAUGCCAUGCUGAUGCUGUCUGCGAUGAUUUGGUGGGAAGCUUUACUUGCUCCUGUAAACCGGGCUAUUCCGGCGAUGGUUUCGUCUGUCAAGAUGUAGAUGAAUCACUUGCAACUUGUAACAACAUCCCUGGCAGCUUUGAGUGCCCUUGUAACUCGGGAUAUGAAGGUGAUGGAGUGACGGAAUGCACGGACAUUGACGAGUGCGCGUUGGACUUUUGCGAUACCAACGCUUCCUGUAACAACACCAUUGGCUCUGUCGACUGUACAUGCAAUGUUGGAUACAGUGGCAAUGGAACUUACUGCGAAAACGUCAACGAAUGCGAUCAAGUAGACGUUUGUCAAGAAUAUUCGACGUGUACGGAUACUGUUGGCUCCUUUUACUGUACCUGCAACGCUGGGUACAGGCUUCAUACUGCACAAAUUGGAUCUGAAGAUGGCGACACGAUUGAUUUGUGUGUGGAAAUUGUUGAUUGCCAGGAUGGCUUCCGUGGAGGGUGUUCGCAUAGCUGCGCAGCCGGGGAAUGCCUCUGCCCAGCUUGUUGGGAGCUGGGACUCAAUGGAAAAGAUUGCUCCCCGAGUCCUCAGGAGACAGAGGUGGUAUGCUCCGCAGCUGGCAUUGAUAUCAAGAUGAGCGAUUGCGUCGUUGGCGACAAUACAGUUGAACUUAUCGAAGGAACCUGCAAAGCAGUUAAAAGCCAGGAUGGAGCUGAACAUAUACUUGCAACUGCUCUUAACGAAUGCGGAACUUCUGCGCUUCACAAAGGAGACUGCAUUAUGUUCUCGAAUCAAGUGAUCUUCACUCCUCCAGAAGUCAACGGACUCAUCAUUCACAAAAAAAUCGCGGCCCAAGUUGAUUGUUUCUUCAAUGCAACAGCAUCGGCAACGAAUACUUACAGAGUUGUUAAUGAAACCGAACCAGAACCAUUUGGAAUUCAACUCAAGAAAGGAUUUUCCCCUAGAUCUAUCUUGUUUCCUCUAAAUCGCCUCUCUCAUAAAAUGUGA